AUGGGGUCCACGAUGCGAAGCAUCUCCGUGCCGCUGCUUCUCCUUGCGCUUUUCGUAGCGUCAGCGUCCGUCGCGCCUGCGUUUGGAAGAAGUUUGUCUUCUCGUCGCAGCCUGGCUCUCAAGGCCCUCUCGCUUCUCAGCUUCCCGGGAUCGUCAACCGUCACUCUUCUAGCCAAUCCCGGAGACACUGGCGGAGACAAUGGCGGGGACACUGGCGGGGACACGAGCGGAGACACGGGCGGGGACACUGGCGGAGACACGGGCGGAGACACGGGCGGGGACACUGGAGGCGACACUGGCGGAGAGCCUGGGGGUCCUGGCGGAGAUAACGGCGAUGGCGCGCCACUUAUCGGGGCUGGCGGAGAAGGCGGGAAGGGAGGAAAGGGCGGGAAGGGCGGGAAGGGAGGGAAGGGCGGGAAGGGAGGAAAGGGCGGAAUCGUAGGGUACGGAGGCAAGGGGGGGAAGGGAGGGAAGCCUGGUAACCAGCAGGGGGGACCUGGCGGAGAGCAGGGAGGUUCUGGCGGAGACGCUGGCGGAGAUACUGGCGGUGACUCUGGCGGAGACACUGGCGGAACCGCUGGGGAAGGCGGCGAUGCGAGCGGAGGCGGAGAAACUGGCGGUUCUGGCGGAAAGACAGGCAAGGCCGGAAAGUUCUGUCACUUUGCUGUGACACUUCCUGCCGCAACUUCCGCAUUUUCCAUCGACGGGCUGGGCUCUCUCAGGUGGGAUCAAGUCAACCAGUAUCAACAGGCGCGACCAGUAGAGUUCUCCCUGCGAUCUGACCUUGCAGAGCGCCAGGACUAUCGGUGGUGCAUGAUUGAUCCAGCGUUCGGAAGGAGCUUCUCUCCGCGCCGCAGUCUGGCACUCAGGGCCCUCUCUUUCUUGACGAAGGAGGCUCCAAUCUCGACACCCAUUCUAUUUCGCACAACCGCGUCGAUUGGCGGAGAUAAUGGCGGAGUUUUUGGCGGAGACACCGGCAAUGGCGGAGAUACCGGCAGUGGAGGAGAUAUUGGCGGAGACAUUGGCGGAGAUAUUGGCGGAGACCCCGGCGGAGAUAUUGGCGGAGAUAUUGGCGGAGACCCCGGCGGAGACAUCGGCGGAGACAUCGGCGGAGACACUGGCGGCGACAUUGGCGGAGACAUCGGCGGAGACACUGGCGGCGACAUCGGGGGAGACACCGGCGGAGACACUGGCGGCGACAUCGGGGGAGACACCGGCGGAGACAUCGGCGGAGACACUGGCGGCGACAUCGGGGGAGACACCGGCGGAGACAUCGGCGGAGACACUGGCGGAGACAUGGGCGGAGACAUUGGCGGAGACAUCGGCGGAGACAUUGGCGGAGACACCGGCGGAGACACCGGCGGAGACAUCGGCGGAGACACCGGCGGAGACAUUGGCGGAGAUACCGGCAGUGGCGGCGACGUUGGGAUAGGCGGUCCCGGCGGAGGCGUGGGCGGAGGGAAGGGCGGCAAGGGCGGAAAGGGAGGCAAGGGCGGAAAGGGAGGGAAAGGUGGGAAGGGAGGCAAGGGCGGAAAGGGAGGGAAAGGGGGCAAGGGGGGAAAGGGAGGGAAGCCUGGUAACCAGCAAGGGGGACCUUUCGGAGAUACCGGCAAUGGCGGGGAUACCAGCAAUGGCGGGGAUACCGGCGGGGAUACCAGCAAUGGCGGAGACAUUGGUGGAGAUACCGGAAAUGGAGGAGAUACCGGCAGUUUCGGUGACGUUGGGGCAGGCGGUCCCGGGAUGGGCGGAAAGGGAGGCAAGGGCGGAAAGGGAGGGAAAGGUGGGAAGGGAGGCAAGGGCGGAAAGGGAGGGAAAGGGGGCAAGGGGGGAAAAGGAGGGAAGCCUGGUAACCAGCAGGGCGGGCCUGGCGGAGCGCAGGGGGGACCUGGCGGCGAGCAGGUUGGAUCUGGCGGACAGCAGGGCGGGCCUGCCGGAGAUCAGGGGGGAGCUGGCGGAGAUCAGGGGGGAGUUGGCGGAGAUCAGGGGGGAGCUGGCGGGGAUCAGGGAGGGCCUGGCGGGGAUCAGGGGGGAGCUGGCGGAGAUCAGGGGGGAGCAGGGGGGCAGGAACAGGGCCAGACCGCGGGCACACAGAGCACUGGGAAGGGCGGAAAAGCUGGAAAAGGCGGCAAGGGUGGGAAAGGAGGGAAGGGGGGCAAGGGUGGGAAGGGCGGGAAGGGUGGAAAAAAAUAA